AUGCUCGCCCGACGAGCUCCUUACGGCAGCCAUAUCGCCAAUCUUCACUCGAGAAGAGCGUUCGCAACCCAAGCAUCUAUUCCCCAAACCUACGUCGAGAAGAUCGUGCAACGCCAUGCGGUCGGUCUCCCCGAGGGCAAGGUCGUCAAGGCUGGUGACUAUGUCAUGAUCAAGCCUCAGCACGUGAUGACCCAUGUCAGUCUGGUCUAGGGGCGUAGCUUUUGACUCCGAGAACAAAGAUACUGAUGCUGCUUCUGCUCCUCACUGGUCGCAGGACAACACCGGACCCGUCAUUUCCAAGUACGUCGAGCACUUUGACUCGGAAGAAGCCCCGAAACCUCACGUACUGAUCGAUCCUCACCCCUUUCACAGAUUCAAGUCCAUCGGAGCAUCCAAGAUUUCGAACCCUCGUCAAACGGUCUUCACCCUCGACCACGACGUUCAAAAUCGCUCCAAAGCGAAUCUCGCGAAGUACUCCAAAAUCGAAAGUUUCGCCGGCGAGCACGACGUCGAUUUUUAUCCUGCUGGACGAGGUAUUGGGCAUCAGAUCAUGAUCGAGGAAGGGUAUGCUUUCCCGGGGGUCAUGACUGUUGCGAGUGAUAGUCAUUCCAACAUGUAUGGUGGGGUGGGGUGUGUCGGCACCGCCAUCGUUCGGUGAGUCCGACGAGGGAUUUCGAGCGCGGACCAGACAGGCGACUCACUCUUGCAAGUCCAAUCACGAUAGAACGGAUGCCGCCGCUCUCUGGGCCACGCAACGUACAUGGUGGCAAGUCCCACCAAUCGUUCGAGUCAACCUCGAAGGUGAACUACCGCUCGGCGUCACGGGCAAGGACAUCAUCAUCGCGCUCUGCGGCAGCUUCAACAAGGACGAGGUCUUGAACCACGCUAUCGAGUUCGGUGGCAGUGGUGUCGCGCAGCUCAGCGUCGAUGAACGUCUCGCCAUCUCCAACAUGACGACCGAAUGGGGUGCACUCGUCGGUGUCUUCCCCGUCGACAGCGUCUUGCAAAAGUGGUACGAUGGACAACUCAAAAAAGCCGAGCUGCGCAAGUUCCAGUUUGCGGGCAAAUCCUCCUCCGUCCCUACGGUUGACCACCCUCGGUUGACCGAGAAGCGCCUCGCGGAAGUGUUUGCGAACCCGAUCAAAGCCGAUGAAGGAGCGACCUACACCAAGACGCUCACUCUCCACCUCCCUACGCUCUCCCCUUCUGUCGCGGGCCCCAACUCGGUCAAAGUCGCGACGCCUUUACCGACGCUCGAAGAACAAAAGAUCAAGAUCAACAAGGCCUACCUGGUCAGCUGCACCAACUCGCGCGCAUCGGAUCUCCAACGCGCGGCCGAGGUGAUGAAGGGGAAGAAGCUCGCACCGGGGGUCGAGUUCUACAUCGCCGCUGCAUCGUCGGUCGUGCAGAAGGAAUCUGAGGCGGCGGGUGAUUGGGCCGCGCUCGUGGCGGCGGGUGCAAAGGUCCUUCCAGCAGGCUGCGGACCUUGUAUUGGAUUGGGGACGGGCUUGCUCGAGGAUGGCGAGGUCGGCAUCUCGGCUACGAACCGAAACUACAAGGGUCGAAUGGGGUCACCGAAGGCCCUCGCGUACCUGGCUUCACCCGAAGUUGUCGCAGCCAGUGCGAUCGCAGGACACAUCUGCGGACCCCGAAUCGAAGGUGCUACACCAUCGAAGAAUGAACCCAAGAUCGACCUGGUGAUUCACACUUCUGCUGCCUCUCCUGCUGCUUCGGAAGGCCCCGCCGCUGCCGAACCGCUCUUGCCUUCAUUCCCCCCCUUGUUCUCCGGCCCAUUGAUCUUUGCGCCUCAAGACAAUCUCAACACGGAUGGUAUCUACCCCGGUAAAUACACGUACCAGGACGACAUCACACUCGAGAAGCAAGCCGAAGUCGUGAUGGAGAAUUACGACGUCGAUUUCGCCUCCCUCAUGGCACGGAUCCGAUCACCCGCUUCCGAGACCCGUUCCAAAGGUCGGGGCGUCGUCCUUGCGAGUGGCUACAACUUUGGGACCGGAUCUUCUCGAGAACAAGCUGCGACGGCGUUGUUAUCCUCCGGGGUGCCUUUGGUUUUGUGUGGUUCGUUCGGGGACAUCUUUAAACGCAACUCGAUCAAUAACGCCUUGAUCUGCGUCGAAUGCCCUGAAUUGAUCGAGGAUCUGACUAGGGAUUUCGGAAAAGAUGGGAAGAGGAAUGCAGGAGGGAAGGAUGGGAAAGGGACGGUCGAGACGCAGUGUUGGGUUGAAGUGGGGAGUGGGGAUGGGAAGGUGACGGUGAAGGAUAAGGAAGGGGGGAAAGUGAUUAAGGAGUACAAGGUUGGGACAGUCGGCACGAGCGUGCAGGAGUUGUGGUUGGGUGAGUCUUGGGUGUCGUGGACUUGCUGGACUGGAUCGGCGUGCUGAUGACUUUUUGUUGGUGAACUUUGACGAACAGCCGGCGGUCUCGAGGGGUGGGUGCGCGAGAGGAUCUGA